GUUCCUUCAGACGCCACUCAGAGAAUGCUCUGGCUCUCCCUUCCUGUGUUACCGCCCUUGGGCUGAGUGAGAAAUCAAGCAGUGAAGACAUCGCAUUCAUUGGGAAGACUGGUAUUAUUUGGAGAUUCCUUAGUUUAGGUCCCAUUAGCCUCAGGUAGCCUCUCCCUGGUCUGGAGCAGUGAGCCCGAGAGGGAACAUUGUGGCUGUGGUCUUCUGUGCAGUGUUGCUUAGAAAGCUAUAGCCGGCACCAUGGCGUUGUCAUUCAAGAAGGACCUGGACAAGUACAAGGAUCUCGACGAAGAUGAAAUCCUCAACAAACUGUCGGCAGAGGAGCUCAAACAGCUGGAGACGGCCCUCGAGGAGAUGGACCCUGAGCACGCUCUUCUCCCAGCGGGCUUACGUCAGAAGGACCAUACUGCUAAGCAAGCAACAGGAUCAUUCAGCAGAGAUGGCCUUCUCAAAUACCUGGAGAAGGAAGCCAUGGAGUACAAGGACAGAGAUGAUGUAGUGCCCUUCACUGGGGAGAGAAAAGGUAAAGUAUUUGUUCCUAAGCAGAAACCGAUAGAAGCAUGCCAGGAGGAUGUCACAACCCUCGAUCCAGAAUUAGAGGAAGCCCUGUCCAGCGCCACAGAUACAGAACUGUGUGAUCUAGCAGCGAUCCUGGGUGUUCACACGCUGGUCACCAGUAGUCGGACAUAUGAUGGGACUUCAUCUGAAGAGGGUUACAACAAUGUGAUCAAAGGGGAGAAGAUGACUCCAGUGUUUGAUGAGCCUCCCAAUCCCACUAAUGUAGAUGAAACUCUGCACAGGAUAAAAAGCAAUGACGGCUCUUUAACAGAGGUCAACCUCAACAACAUUAAGAACAUCCCAAUUCCCACGCUGAAGGACUUCGCCAAAGCCAUGGAGAAGAACACGACUGUCAAGAAGUUCAGCCUGGCAGCAACACGGAGUAACGACCCAAUCGCUGUGGUGUUCAGUGACAUGCUGCGAGAGAACAAGACGUUGCGGAGUUUGAACUUGGAGUCCAACUUUAUCACCGGGGCAGGGGUGCAGACUUUGAUUGAUGCGUUGCGAGACAACGACACACUCACAGAGAUCAAGAUAGACAACCAGAGGCAGCAGCUGGGUACUACCGUAGAGAUGGAGAUAGCAAAAAUGUUGGAAGACAACAACACCGUAGUGAAGUUUGGCUACCGCUUCACCCAGCAAGGACCUCGCUCCAGAGCUGCUGCAGCUAUCACCAAGAACAAUGACCUGGUCCGCAAGAAGCGAGUGGAAGGGGACGUGUAGGGACGGAGCUGUCUCCCAGCCACUCCUGUUGUAUCAUCUCACCAUGUGGAAUAAUUUCAGCCAAUGCCCUGGUCUCAUCUCACUGUGUGGAAACUUUAGUCUUGUGCCAAACUGUGGGGCAAGGCAUGCUCAACCAGAACAUACAUCUGAGAAGAAGGGAAAUAACUGGAAUUGCCCUCUCCCAUUUACAUGUUCAUACUUAUGUUUAUUAUUAUUAUGUUGUUAUUGAAGGUGUAAAUCUGAUUAGUUUUUAGUCUUUUUAUUUCAGCUGCUCCUUUUUUCUUUCUUUAUUGUUUUUGAGCCUUUACGUUGUCUGUCCAGACUUUUAAACUGCUUUCUUUUUCCUUUUUAUACUACGCUAUAAUCAUGUGGAGUAAAUAUAAACAUUACCAAGUAACAGAAACAAAGUAACACCUUUUGUGAAAACAAUAACUAACUUUGAGAGAGCCCUGUAUCCUCGACCAUGAUAGUUUGAGGCCUAAGCGCCCAGUGGAAUAUCUGUGUUGAACCAGCACAAUGUCAUUUGAACGAUAGGGUCGAUUGAGACUUAAGCAUCAGGAAGUGACGUGAAGUCUGUUAGAACCGCAGCUUACUGAUCAUGACUACUGCAAACCUUAUGACUGUACAGCUGUAAGAUGACUUAAGUUCUCAUACGGUAACAUAAGUCACCACGGUGGUUUGCAGGUGUUGUUUAUUGGAGCUGCCUUGUAAAGCUAGCUCGACUGUCUGGCUGUUGUGUGUGUGUGUGUAACGGUUAAGUUUGUGCUGGCCUCAGAACAGAUGUUGGCUCUCAUCCCCUUACAUGAAUUUAAUACUGUACAUAUCGAUGCAUAAUGUUUUAUAUUACUUUACUGUUUUAGUCUAGCAAAGAUCUUUUUUUUCCUUCUAAUUCUGAUGGUGGUUAUCACUUAUAUCCCUUAACAUGAAAUUAUAACUAGGUUUGGGUCAAGUUAAAGUGGGACUGUAUUGUAAAAGGAACAGCACAUUAACUUCAGCCUGCUCUUACAGAUAAUGCUGUAAAUGUCUGCACAACACGCUGGGUUUCUCUGGUACGUAACCACGCCAAAGACUAACACAUGCAGUACUUAAAGUAUCAAUAUGGUAAUGUUUCUAUGAACUACAUCUCCCAGAUCUUAAAUUUCACUUUCCUUCUUUCACACUUCCACUUGGCUCUCAGCAGCAUCUCAGCAGUAGCAUGUCAUUCCUUAUGUAACAGAUAACAACAUGCUAUGUGUGCCUCGAACUGAACUUCCUGAGGUACACUUACCUGCUUGAGAUGGGUAUAACGGGACUAAUUCAGGAUUACUUGAAACUUGUAUAUACUAGUGUAAUAGGAACAAUAUGCUGGCAUAAACAUCACACGUGAACAUGUUUCUGUAGACCAAAAAUGUUCUUUCAUCCUAAAAGCCUCACGUUGCUCAGACAACAGUUUUAGGUUUUAUAUCUGUGUACUUCUUACCUGCUCAUAUCUGCUAGUAUUUCUUCUUGGACCUCUUUGUUUUUACAUUACUGUGCUUUGCAGGUGGACAGUCAGCUUAAGUGGAAAUCUGCUUCUUUGCCUGGUCUUGUUAAGAAUAUUCUGUAAUUCAUAAUAUGUAUAUUAUUAAUUGUAAAAUGCCAUCUCAAACUCAAAGUGCACACACACUCACACACACAGAUUUGUAUGUGUGUACCACUUAAAUCUACACAACUCAUCGCUGAGAUUUUUUUUUGUACCUUAAAUCAAAACCCAGGUGUAGACUCAAUAUAAGGAAUAUGUAUGAUUAUAAAACCACAGGAAUGGUAAAAUGCACUGCUGAAUAUAAGACAUCCUCAACAAUAAAUGUUUUUACAUACUC